AUGGGCGAGCCCACAUUCACGGACUAUUAUCGUCCGGUGCACUUGGUAGUUUACUAUCGAGGCAUUCGCUUCCAUACCGAUGGGCGUGUUGAAAUGCUUACCUCUUCAUCCGAUCCGAGCGACGUGGUCAGCGCCUUGGGUCGAGCAAAGAAAAGUGGCACACCUAUCGAUGGUGAGGAUUGCACUAGCGGCCUGACGGACUCGGAAUCCAACUCACCCAACCUACUUCAAGGUCGUUACGUAUGGGAGGAACCAAAUAUGAUCACAUGCGUUCUGAAACGACCAGCGAUUCGCGAGAAAACACAGACGUAUCGACGCUUUCGUUAUCAUCAGAAAUCGGUCACAGUCCCUCCGGAUGUCACGUUCACAAUCCGCUUCCGACUUACCAGUUCCAAACGUCGACUACACAACGUUCUUAACUGGGAAUCGUAUGUGAUCGAUACGGCCAACAGGACCAUCAUGAUAAUGGCCCUAUCACAAAUGGUUCCACAACGUUAUAUUUGUGCGACUUUUAAUGGUUCACAUCAUCGGCAUGAUCCACAUGAUGCGCAUCACCAGCUCACUUUCUCGAUAGUGCUUGAUGAUGUACAACAACCUUAA